UACAGCAGCUUUCACGGACUGCAUAGAUCUAGUGCUCGGGAUAUUCUCCCUGAACUUCCCGGUUUCACUUCAACCCCCAAGAAGAAGAAAAAAAGAAGAAGAAAAAAGGCGGAAUGGCACAAACCGAGAAGGCGCGCGUCGCACCGGGGAGACGGGGAGGGACAGGCGGGGAGGCGCGUCGCUCCUCCGGGCCACGAUGACCACAACCCCCCCCCCCCCCACUCACCCACCCUCCCCUCUCUUUUGUUGGUGACAUUAUUUCGUUGUCACCAAAAUGCGCAAACCGAGAGAGACGCACCGUGGCCCCGGUCGGAGCCCCGGUCGGAGCCCCGGUCGGAUUUGCGCAGAUUACAGUGAAUAGAGAGCUCCUCGUAAUCCCUGUGUGAAAGGGACGGGCCGUGUGCACCGGCACACCGGCGCGAGCGGGACGUCCCGCUAACAGCCGGGUGGGUCACGGAGGGAGACACGUGCGCAUUACGGAUGGCGGAGGUUCCGGUGUCAUGUGACUGCUUCGUGUCGCUGCCUCCCGGCUCUCGCGAUGACCACGUGAUCUUUGCGAAGAACGCAGACCGGCCCCGGGAUGAGGUGCAAGAGGUGGCCCACUACCCCGCGGAGGCCCACCCUGCAGGGGCCAUGCUGCAGUGCACGUACGUCCAGAUCCCUCAGGUGGAGCGGAGCCACGCCGUCGUCCUCAGCAAACCGGCCUGGAUGUGGGGCGCCGAGAUGGGAGCCAACGACCAGGGGGUCUGCAUCGGGAACGAGGCCGUCUGGACCCGAGAGCCCGUGGGCUCUGGAGAGGCCCUGCUGGGCAUGGACUACGUCAGGCUGGGUCUGGAGCGCGGCGCCAGCGCCCGGGCAGCGCUGGCGGUGAUCACCGGCCUGCUGGAGCUCCACGGCCAGGGGGGCCAGUGCAGGGAGGCCCCGGAGGCCCCGGAGCCCUUCAGCUACCACAGCACCUUCCUGCUGGCGGACCGCCAAGAGGCCUGGGUCCUGGAGACGGCCGGCCGGCUGUGGGCCGCGCAGCAGGUCACGGAGGGCGUGAAGAACAUCUCCAACCAGCUGACCAUCGGGUCGGAGCUGUCCGCCGAGCACCCGGAGCUGCGCGGCGUGGCGCGGGCUCAGGGCUGGUGGAGCGGCGAGGGCGACUUCCACUUCGCCCGCGCGCUCAGCCUCCAGAACCCGCCCGCCAGGAUGGAGCUGGCCAAGCAGCGCUACAGGGGCGGCACGGAGCUCAUGCAGCAACAUGACGGCUCCGUGACGGCGGCCGUGAUGAUGUCCAUCCUGCGGGACAAGCCCAGCGGCAUCUGCAUGGACUCCGGCGCGUUCCGCACGGCGGGCAGCAUGGUGUCCGUCCUGCCCAGAGACCGCAGCCUGCCCUGCGUCCACUUCCUCACCGCCACGCCCGACCCCUCCAGGUCUAUUUUCAAGCCGUUCGUCUUCUCGGACUGUACCAUUCCCGUGCCGGGGGUGGUCUCCCCGCAGUUCGGCCCGGACGACCCGAUCCGGCAGCGGCCUCGCUUCCAGAGCCGCGUGGACCGGAGACACGAGCUGUACAAGGCCCACCAGGGGGCGCUGGUCGCCAUGGAGACCAACCCGGGCGUCUUCCAGAUCCUCCGGGAGCUGGAGUCUCAGUGUCUCGGCGAGAUCUCGGCCGUGCUGCGUGGAGAGAUCUCGGGAGAAGAAUUGGGGGAUUUGUUCUUUGAUUCCGUGGACACAGAAAUCAAGUUGUACCAGUGAGGGGGGGGGGGGGGGGGGGCUCACCAACGGGUUCAAGGUUGUUCAAGGAGAAAACGUUCAGGUGCGUUCACACCAAAAGAAAAACUAUUGUUCGCGUCGCCCAAAACGCGUGAGUUCACUCGCUCGACCGUUCACCGUGUUCUCGCCAUGAGCGUCGAGACGCUCCGCGAGGGGCGGGGCUUAUCUCCGCGUCUCGUCUCCGUAACGACCGUUAUCAUCUCCUCCAUCCACCAGAAUAACUCACCACUAGUUCUGCUUUAUACUUGUUGUGGACGUCCCACACACUGACGCCCUCGUGUUUGGGUUGAUGACAUCACCCGUAGGCUCACUCAGCUCGGUCACUUUCACCGAUGAAGUCACUGUUACGUCUGGAAGACUUCCGCUUCCAGCGACGAGAGAGAACUCAAGAGCCGAUUGGCCGAGUUGCGAGAUGACGCCUCAAAGUUGAAAUAUUUCAACUCCGGGCGAAAAUUGCGCCGCUGUGAACGCGCCGCCCACAUCGCGUCGCCCCAAACGUCCCAAACGCGCCGCCCGGGAAAAUAUGGCUUCUAUCGCAGCCACACGCGUCUGUACGUUGACUCUUCAUGGGAUUCGUUUUGCUUUUGGUGUGAACGCACCUUUAGACUGCAGAUGGGAUUAUGUAACGUCGUGAUACUAUGAUGAUAGACGUUCACUGGCACUCUGGAUCAAAGAAUGCAUCGGGUCAGCUCAUGAACCUGUAGCAUGUCUAAAAGUAGGACGAGUUGAGCUUUAUGGUGGUGGCUUGCAUAACUUAAGAACACUUUGUAAACAUCAACACAAUUGAAGAACAGACUGUCCAGGUACAGACUUAGAUUUAUAUGUAUAGAUUUAAAGGGCGUGUCUCCUACCUGAGACCAGUCACUCAUCACAAUGAACGUUACAGCUGAACUCCAGACGUGAUCCUGCAGUAUUGUAACAGGUAUCUUGUGUGUUUGUUUCUUUCCCAGCAUUUAUUUGACUGUUCUACGGGUAAAGCACGUACAACAAGAGAGUAAGAGCUUUUCUACAGUUAGGCAGUAAGAUCAAAAAAGAUUUUGAAGCGCUUAUGAGAACUUAAAUGUUGUGAAGUUGUUGUUUUUUGGCAUGCAAAUAUAGAAAAAGCCCAGUGUGUAAAUGUGAUGGAGCUCUUCAGGGCUGUUUAACUGUUGUUUGUCACAGCGCCCUCUGGUGGACUCUAGUGGAAGAGCCCCGGUUAAUAACACCUCACGCUCCUCAUCUGAUCGGCUCUGCCUCACAACACAUCAUCCAUCAUUAACACAGACUAAAUGUAACAUGUGCUUCACCCAGGGAGCAAGGAGUGCACUUCAUUAGUGAGGAUGUAGUCUCCACACAGAGAGCUGUGUGACGCGUGGCUUUUGUUUAACACUUUGUUGCUUGUUGCAAAUGAUCGGGUUGGAAAAGAUCGAUUAAAGAAUGUGCAUCCUC